AUGACUCACAAACUUAUUAAGGACAAACAGACUAAUGGCAUUGAUAUUCAAGGAUGGACUGUGCUCUCAUAUAAAACGUCCAUUCUUAAUUCCCAGGAAAUUGACGCUGCGUCUGCAGACUUGGGGAUCCCUAUCCCAGAAAUGAUUUUUGGCAAUAAUUUCUUAUCGAUUGAACACACUUCUGGGUUUAAGCUUGAAUUCAAAGCUUUGCCUGCACUGGCGAUGGUGGAUCAAUCAUCCAAGAGUAGCGAUCUGAUCAAAGUCUCGUAUGCAAGGGAAUGGUUUGACAAGCGAAGGUUAGUUUAUAAUCAGCAAGCAUCCAAUAUGGUAAACCAGGAGCAUAUCACGGAUGUUGUCAAGCCAUAUGACUGGACAUACACAACAAAGUACAAUGGCACCAACUUGAGCGUCCAUGAAAAGAUGCAAUUUACACCUACUACAACUGAAAUCAUCGAUAUCGAACAGCUCAGACGACCUGAUCCUAUCCUCUUUUAUGAUGAAAAUAUUUUGUUUGAGGAUGAACUUGCAGACAAUGGCACCGCUGUUCUGACGACCAAAGUGCGCGUCAUGCCAUCGUGUUUUCUCAUCCUUUUGCGCUUCUUCCUACGCGUAGAUGAUGUGCUUUUCCGUAUCCAUGACACUAGGAUUUAUCAUCGGUUUGGAACCAACGCUGUUGUCAGAGAAUGCUCCACUCGUGAAAGCUCUUACAAAGAAAUACGCGCAAAAAUCCCACGUUCAAAUGGAGAGGAUCUGUCGUUGCUACUAGAUUCCAACUGGGUAUCAUCCCAACUUCCAGAACAAUCGUCGUGGACUGAAGCAGCAAACCUUGAGCAAUAG